UACAGUCACAUCAAUAAUCUUCACUUAUUAUUAUAACAGUCACAAAAUUCAGUGCUCACUUGUAUUGCAGUGGUACCUAUUUUAUCUAAAAUACUUUUACUCGUUCAUCACUUAUAUUUGAAUUGUUGAAGUAACUGAUUGUUGAUAUAAAUUUUAGGUAAAAUAUAUCAGGUUCUCUAUUAAUAUCAAUAACGGAAAUAUUGAUAAGAUCCUUGACACCAGAAGACAUAUAUUUCGAGUGUCUGAUAAGGACUAACGAUCAUGCUCCUGACAAAACACCGUCUGUGACGUCAUUUCUUACAAGUAUUCCACACUCUAAAAGUCUUUUAAAAAUCAUGAGGAAGAUUUGUUGCUUGAUUCUUUUUGUAAUAUUUCCUGUCAUUAGAGGGACCACUACGUCGGCGCCCUCUACAGGAGCGCCGUGUCCGUCAUGUGACAUCAGUUAUCACUGUGACUGGAGUCGAACCUGUGCACCCGGGGAGACCUGUCUGGCGCGAGGAUUCACGGGAAACCUGUACCACUUCAGAACCCAUUGUGCACCCAAGGAGGACUGUCUAUUAAUGCAGUCAAUCGUCAAAACUGAGGAGGUCUAUUGCUGUGGUGACAGAGAAUGUUUGAGAAAUCACCUUGGACUUUGGUCGUAAUGAAAUACAUGUAAAUGCCAAGCCUCAAAUGAAUAUCAUGUGUAUUUUU